AUGCGAAUCCGCCUACAAGGAGCCGGAAAAGGCCUGGCGAGGCUUGGCAGCAGAAUCCGUCAACCGACUGGGAGACUCAAGAAUAUUGUGCCAGGACGUGCUCCCAUCGGGACAGGCCCAUUAUCUGCCCCCGAGGUCAGAGCGAGGAAUUCGAGGCUGAAAAGCCUUGUUAAUGACCUAGAGGAAGCUUCCACGCCCGAUACUAAUCCAACCGCCACGGGCCUGAAUGAGUUGUUUGACAAUGUUGGAGCUUCAACGCAAGGGGCCACACCAUCUAAAAGCCGGUCUCGAGGUGAAAAGCUGAGAGAAGGCAUCCUGGCGGACAACGGCAUUCCUCUCGUAUCCCCAAUUCUCGCCCGCGACGCUUGCAAGUGCUCGGAAUGCAUUGACCCUUCUGAUCGACAACGGAAUUUCUCCUACGCAGACAUUCCCACGGACAUUAGCUUCAGUAGAAUCACUCCCGUCGAGAACUCAGGCGAGACCAUCGUCAGCUGGCGCAACGAUGCCCCCUCUCACUCGGCAGGGAAAUCAACAAUAUUCGACAAGGAGACCAUCGCUUCCCUGAGGAAGCCGUUCCGCAACCCGCACUGGUAUCUGUACAGUUUGGCACAGAAGCUGUGGGACUCGGAGUCCUUCACUCGCGACUCCAAUCGGUUCGACUUCAACGAAUACAUGAGUAAUGACGAUGCGCUAGCCGAUGCCCUUCACCUGUUGUGGCGAGAUGGCCUCGUCUUUGUCGACGGCGUGCCCGAGUCGGAGGCAUCUGUUUCGCAGAUAGUCACCCGCAUCGGUCCGCUCAUGAAUACUUUCUACGGCCCUACCUGGGAUGUCCGGUCGGUCCCCAACGCCAAAAAUGUCGCUUAUACGGCCAAGUAUCUGGGCUUCCACAUGGACCUGCUGUACAUGCGAGAGCCCCCGGCCUUCCAGUUCCUCCACUGCAUUCACAACGAAAGCGUGGGUGGCGAGUCUCGGUUUGCCGACACUUUCAAAGCCGUCGACCUGCUCUAUUCGCAGGAUCCAGCAAAAGUCCGGGAUCUAAUGGCGUACCCCGUUCGUUACGAGUACGACAACGACGGCUAUUUCUACUCGGACCUCAAACCCACCAUUCUCAAGCGCCAGGAACUCAACGUCCCCAACCGUCCAACCCAUAACGCCCAGCACCCGUAUGUGAUGUCCGACAUCGGGCGCGUGUACUGGUCGCCCCCUUUCGUGGGCAACAUACACCCGAAACUGGAACACCACGAGCUCGUGCGGUUCGUCUCGGCCAGCAACGCCUUCGCCUCGAUCCUCGAGCGGCCCGAGAUGGUGGUCGAGGAGAAGAUGGACAGCGGCACGUGCGUCAUCUUCGACAACCUCAGGAUCGUGCACGCCCGCAACGCCUUCGACCUGAACUCCGGCCGCAGGUGGCUGAGAGGCGCGUAUCUCGCUCGGCAGGAUUUCGUGAGCAAAGCCUCGUCCAUGAUCGACAGAAUGCCCGCAAACAUCAGAUUUUACACCAUGGAGGGCCAAGAUGACCCGGGAGCGCCUGGAGGAAACUAG